AUGACUUCCUUAACCACAAGAUCGACCACCAAACAACCACCAUCCCCCAAACCUCCAGCCGACACGACACCCAACUUCGCCGACCCGAACUUCGACCCCGCCGAGUUCCUCAAUGAAUCCCUCUCGCCUUUGAUGGUGGCAUCUCUACAACCCAAUGCUUCUCGAUCACCCGGCUCGGUGCCUCUGACCGAGCUGUCCGCACAAGUCCAGACCCUGGUCUCGCAGAUCAGUGCUCAGAACGUGCGUCUCUCCAGUACCCUCUCCCAACUCAGCGAUGAGAUCCUUAGGAGCGGUGGACGAUUGGCCUACGAAGUAGAAGUACUACGGGGAGAGACAAUUGGCUUGUCAGAAACCCUGACCGAUGUUUUACGCGACGACAUCUCCAAAUUCGUCCCGGUGUCCUCGACGGAGCCUUCCGCUGGUCGGAAGACAGAGCCCGGAGAAGAGGCAACGACAGGAGAGACGGCCAACCCAGAGACUACAGAAAACGAGCAGGCUGCGGACGUGCAGAAGAGUCCCGCGACAACGACAUCAACGGAUCCCGAAUACAUCAACAACCUCCGCACACUCAACCAGGUCCGAUCACGACUCGAAGAUGUUGUCCAAACAUUCGGCGAUGCGAUGGAAUGGCCCCUUCCACCCUCCGAAAUCUCCUUCUCCUCGUCCUUUAUAUCUGUUUCCGGACCCGAUUUGACCGCCGGUGGUCAUGACCAAGAAGAGAAGGGCCAGGAAACCAUGAAGAAGCUGCGCAACCAGAUCACCCAGUUACUGGAGAGCGACGGGGGUGGACGGACUGGACUGGAUGCUGCCACUCAUCGCAUCGAGACUCUGCGAACAUUGGCGACGGUAUGGAAGGGGUCCGCUGAGGAGAAGGCGCGACAUCGGUUCGUGGAUACACUGGAGAGGCUUGUGGAGGAGCGUCGGCGUAUAUUAGACCAUCAACAGACGAUUGCCGAUCAGAACCAGCGUGGACCCAAGUCGCGGACUGAACAGAAACGUGACAAUGACAGUGGGGGACCUGGUGGAGGGUUGUUCCGGAAUCUUCAGCGAUUGCGGGAGGAAAUCUACCUGGAGUAG